CGCGUACCUAUAAACAUAUAUAGAUUCACACACACACACGCACACACUCUAUAUUAAAUAGUAUAUAUCACAGUAACGUACAUUAAUAUCACAGAUUGCUAAAGAUCUUCGAUUCACUCAGCCGUGUGGUGUCGAACGAGUAACAUAUUAUAGAUUCUCUUGGUAAAAUCGACGACAAUGACGGCUUCGAGUAAACAUGAUUUGCCUCACUUUGUGGCCAUCAACAGGAUUAUGAAACUGCCGGUGGUGUCAUCAGGUGUCAACAAAGUGACAUACAUCUACGUAAAAGUUAAGAUGUCGAACAGAGUUAUUGGAUACAGCUUGGAAAGUGCAGAAAAGACCGUGUUGAGUGUAGUGGAUAUGUCUGUUCCAUUAGUCAUCAAAUUUGAAGAUCCAAUUAAUAGAAUUGACGAUAUUAUGUGCAAGUCAUUGGAUGUUGUCGAACAAAAUGUACCAAUGGUCACUUAUACUCCAGAAGAGAUUUAUUUCACAACCAAGACCUACGUCAAGGCUAAAGUCGAGCCGGUUCUAAAACGUGCUGACUCUGUAAAGCAGCUCACCAUGUUGGACGAUGCGUUGAGCGUGGCUGAUAAAUAUGUGGACAAAUAUUUGCCAGACAAGGAUCCAGGCGAGGACGUCGCAGACAAACCGAGUACAGAAACGUCUAGUCAAGCAGUGAAGACUAUACGACACGUCAACCACUUUUCCAGGAAAUUGCAAAGACGAUUGACACGCAGAACGAUCGCCGAGGCUAAGCUGCUCAAAAAACAGGGAUACGAUACCGUCCAGUGCUUCGUGUAUUUUGCAGACCUCCUUGCCAAAGAUCCUAAAGCGUUUUCGGAAAAAAUGAAGGCUAUAUGGAAACACCUAAGUGAGGAUGAACCAGAAAAUCAAAAGCCACCGGAGAACAUUGAACAGCUCAUCGAAAUGUUAUCGAGGGAGGGAGCUAGGCGUUUCGUGCAUGUGACAAACUUUUUAGCUAAAAACAUCAGUAUGGGACCCACAUACUUAGGACAAGGAAUCACCUACAUUACCCAGGAGGCUGCCAUCUUGGCGGACCAAAUUAUAAAGUACGCCCAUUUGGAAAAUGCAAAAGGCACAGUUGUGAAAUUUACCAACGAGCAGUUCACCAAGUAUAAGACAUUUAUUGAAGAUAUAAGGAAAUUAAUACUGGAAUAUAUGUCGUCAGCGUCUUCGAAAAUAAAUGAUUCUAAAAAGAAAGAAACCGAAAAAGACAACAAAAACAGCACUACUGUUGCAAACAUCAAACCUCCAAAAGGCAAUAAGGCGAAUACAGCACCUGCAACCACCACUACAGUGGCCAAUACAACGACCAACGGAAAACCUUAGUCCUAAGUUUAAUUUAAUAUUCAACCAUCAAAUACUGCAUAAUAUUUUUGUUAGUUAUAUUAAUUUUAUUUUAUACUCGUCUGAUUUUUAGAAUUCUUUAUACUUUUUAUUUUUAUCUUAUUUUUUUUUAU